AUGCUCGUGAAAAUAUGGCCUAGUCAGCGGUCUAUUGUGAGAAUUGCUGCAGCUGGAUUGCAGAACUCCAGGAGCGUACAUUCUGGUCAAACCAUUUCUGAAAGAUUAGUCGAAAUUGGAGAAAAGUGGAAAUCCAAGACAUUGGAAGGUGUACCCAGGAAUGCCAGAGUACCGUUCAUACCGAUUAAAGAGAAUGACAAGAGGGACAUGUACAUAUUAUCGAUGUUUCCUUAUCCAUCAGGGAUGUUACAUAUGGGUCAUUUACGAGUAUAUGUUAUCAGUGACACACUCAACAGAUUCUAUCAACAGCGGGGCUAUAAUGUGAUUCAUCCAAUGGGAUGGGAUGCUUUUGGUUUACCAGCUGAAAAUGCUGCAAUAGAAAGAGGGAUUGAUCCUUCCGAGUGGACAAAACAAAAUAUCAAAAAGAUGAAGGAGCAAAUGAAUGAUAUGUUAGCAAAUUUCAAUUGGGAAAGAGAAGUCACUACAUGUGAUCCCGAGUAUUACAAAUUUACUCAAUGGUUAUUUCUACAGUUGUAUAAAAAUGGACUUGCUUACAGAAAGGAUGCAGAAAUCAAUUGGGAUCCAGUAGAUAAAACUGUAUUAGCUAAUGAACAAGUGGAUGCCAACGGAAGGUCAUGGAGAUCUGGCGCUAUUGUAGAAAAGAAAAAACUAACCCAAUGGUUUCUGGGCAUUACAAAGUUUGUUGAUCAAUUGAGAGACGAUUUAAAAUAUCUUGAAGAGUGGCCCAACAAGGUAAAAACUAUGCAGAAUAAUUGGAUUGGUUCUUCUACUGGUAUGGAAGUUAAUUUCAAGCUUAACAAAAAGAUCGGAAAAUUUGAAAAUGUAACAGUCUUCACAACUAGAGCCGAAACUUUGUUUUCUGUUGAAUAUGUAGUUCUUGCUACGGAUCAUCCCAUAACACAACAUUAUGCAAAGCAGAAAUCAGACCUGAGGGAAUUUCUUCACAAACUUCCGGAAUUACCUGAGGAUACAAAAACUGGAUACAGGAUCUCUGAUUUGACUGUUGAGAACCCUAUUACCCAUGAAGUAAUCCCUGUCUUUGUGGCUCCUUAUGUCAUUAGUGGCUAUGGUGAUUUACCAGCCGCUGUUAUGGGAUGCCCAGCUCAUGAUUUAAGAGACUACGAAUUCCGUAAAAUAAAUUUGAACACUAAUGAAGAACCAUUUGGUUGCAUAAUACCAGAUUUGAGCAGGCUUGGUCAAGAUUCCAUCCCAUACACAUCAAAAAGCGGUACAAUGAAUGAACGAUGCGGUAAAUAUGUUGGAUGGGAUGUGAAUGCCACAAGAGAUGCCAUUUCUACUGAACUGGAAAACAAAAAUCUGGGAAAACGAACAACUAGGUACAGGAUUAAAGAUUGGCUUAUCAGCAGACAAAGAUAUUGGGGAUCACCAAUACCAAUUAUUCAUUGUAAUAAUUGUGGAAUAGUUCCCGUACCAGAAGAAGAUUUACCGGUAACACUACCUUAUGUGCAAGGUCUUCAUCAGAAGGGCAAUCCUCUAUCAAAUAUAUCGGAUUUUGUCAAUACCGAAUGCCCCCGGUGUCACAAUUCGGCAAAGCGUGAAACAGAUACUAUGGACACAUUCAUUGACAGCUCAUGGUAUUUUUUUCGGUACAUUGAUGCUCAUAAUAAGGUUUUGCCCUUCUCUCCCGAGAAGGCUAAUAAAUCUAUGCCUGUUGAUAUUUAUAUAGGAGGUGUUGAACAUGCUAUAUUACAUCUACUCUACUCAAGAUUCAUUUCUAAGUUUCUUUCAUCAAUUGGCAUGUGGGAUAGAGGUAUAUCUCAUGGAGAACCAUUUAAAAAAUUAGUAACUCAAGGUAUGGUGCAAGGCAAAACUCUUAUUGAUCCUGAAACGGGGAAAUUCUUGACCCCAAACGACAUUGAUUAUUUAUCUAGUAGUUCUACACCCAAAAUCAAAGGAAAGAACAUAGCUCCUAUACUCAAAUAUGAAAAAAUGUCCAAGUCAAAAUAUAAUGGAGCUGAUCCAAACGAAUGCAUUUCAAAACAUGGACCGGAUGCUACUAGAGCUCACAUUCUUUUUCAAAGUCCUAUUUCUGAUGCAUUGAGGUGGGAUGAAGAAAAGAUUGUUGGCAUUGAAAGAUGGUUGGACAAGAUACUUCAAUUAUGUAUGUCAUUUGCUUCAAACCCAGAUAAAAUUGUUGGGAUGACCGGUAUACCACCAGAUCAAUAUAACACUGACGAGAUUACUCUAUACAAUAAUGUGUCAAAGAUGGUAAACUCUAUUACUAAAUCAUUCUCUGAGAAUUUAUCGCUUAAUACAGUCAUUUCAGACUAUAUGAAACUCACAACUCUUCUUGAAAAUGCAAAAAAAAAUACUAAAAUAAGGGAUACUGUUACUAUAAAUUAUGUUAGAGAUUUAAUAAAAUGUAUCUAUCCCGUCGUUCCAUCCAUUGCUGAAGAAGCAAGUUGUAUAUUACAGACACAUCUAAAUGUCAAUGUUAAUAUAUAUGAAUGGCCAACUGCAAGAGAAGUGAUUAAAUCAUCGUUAAUGAAUUUGAAAAUAUUCAUAAAUGGAAAAAUGAGAUUCAUGUAUGCGACAGAUCAAUCUAUUUCGAAACUAGAUGAUAUGUCUUUAUUAAAAUUAUUGUCAAAGACAGAAGAUGGUGCCCGAUUAAUACCAGCCAAGAAGCUGAAGCAAAUAAUUAGGAAAAAGGAUUUAAUCAGCCUGAUUUUUGAAAAGCAAUAA